AUGGGGGUUCUUAAAGAAAAAAUGAGAAAUUAUAAGAGAAAAACUAACAGAGCCUCUGUGCCGGAAGAUAUUGUGAUGAGAGCAGUAAAUAGUGUAGUAGAUGAUGGCCAAAGCUAUAAGAGCAUGUCAAAUGCAUAUGAAAUUCCGAUACGAUCUUUAAUCAGAUAUUUUCACUUCAAGGAUCAUUUUAUCCACGAUGGUCCUGUGGGUUGUGCUGGAGGAGCCAAUCCAACAGGAUGGAUAAAUGAAACAAAUUUUCUUAUAUACUUGACUCAUUUCGUAAAGAAUGUGAAACCCAGCCGAAUCAAUCGUGUUCUACUUUUAUUAGAUAAUCAUGACACUCAUUUAUCAAUUAAUACUCUUAAUUUUGCAAAGGAAAAUGGAAUUAUUAUGUUGUCAUUUCCAGCGCACUGCUCUCAUAAGAUGCAGCUAUUAGACGUCAGCGUUUACGGUCCAUUAAAAAAAUUUUUAAGUACUGCUCAAGAUUCAUGGAUGUUAAGUCAUCCAGGUAAAACUCUUAGCAUAUAUGAUAUACCUGGUAUCGUCAAAGAAGUUUUGCCCUUGGCUCUAACACCUUCAAAUAUUAUGAUAGGUUUCAGAAAGCCAGGCAUCUACCCAUUAAAUCAAAAUGCAUUUACUGACAUGGAUUUUGCUCCAUCAUACGUGACAGAUAGAGUUGAAGCACCUCAACAAGAAAACAUAAUUACAAUAUCAAAUCCUGAGCAUUAUGUUUCUCAUUUACUUGGACAUAAAGGAAAAGGCUCAUUAUUAUCGGCUUUGAAAUCCAAGGGAUGGUGUAAUUCCCUAGUAUCCGAAAAACGUCUUGUCGUUGGUGUGAGUAACGCAUCAACGUAUUUAGAUUACACCACCUAUUACUUCGACGUAAUUCCGGAAAAGUUAGAAGGCGCUUUAGAUCGUUUUGCUCAAUUUUUCAUAGCGCCACUAUUCACAGAAAACUUGAUCGAGCUGGAGAUAAAUGCCAUAAAUUCAGAGCACGAAGAAAAUGUAGCAAAUGAUGACAGGCGAUGUCAUUAUUUGGACAGAUCAUCUGCGAUAGGUCAUCCAUUUUCGAAAUUUGGAACAGGAAAUAGGGAAACAUUAGAUGUAAUACCGAAACAAAAGGGUAUUAAUGUUCGAAAUCAGCUAUUAGAGUUUUAUGAAAAAUAUUAUUCUGCAAAUAUUAUGUCACUGUCUAUUAUUAGCAAAGAGAGUUUAGACGAACUCGAAAAUAUGGUAGUGGAUCUGUUUUGUGAGGUGCGAAACAAGGAAAUUGAAGUUCCAACAUGGCCUGAACAUCCAUUCAAAGAUGAACAUUUCCGCACUAUAUGGUAUAUUGUUCCGAUAAAGGAUAUAAGAAAUUUAAGCAUUUCGUUUCCUUUACCAGACAUGCGUCAACACUACCGAUCUGCGCCUGAGCAUUAUGUUUCUCAUUUACUUGGACAUAAAGGAAAAGGCUCAUUAUUAUCGGCUUUGAAAUCCAAGGGAUGGUGUAAUUCCCUAGUAUCCGAAAAACGUCUUGUCGUCAGAGGCUUCAGUAUUUUAAUUAUUAGUAUUGAUUUAACCGAAGAAGGUAUUAAGCAUAUCGAAGAUGUUGUUCUACGGGUAUUUCAGUAUAUUAAUAUGCUUAAGUUGAAAGGACCAAUCAAAUGGAUCUACGAUGAAUAUAGAGAUAUUGCGAAUAUGGAAUUUCGUUUUGAAGAAGGGCUUAAUCCUUAUAAUUAUGUGUGUUUUACGGUUCAAGCGUUGCAACAAUUUCCCAUGAACGAAAUUUUGUGUGCGGAAUGUAUUUAUCCUGAAUGGCGACCGGACUUGAUUGAAGAAAUAAUGACAUAUUUAACACCACAAAAUGUUAGGAUUCACGUGGUUGCAAAAGCAUAUGAAGAUAUAGCGGAUGAAACUGAAAGGUGGUAUGGUACUAAAUAUAAGAAAAUGAAAAUAUCCAAGAAAACAAUGGAAAUGUGGAGCUCCGCUGCCUUUAACGAUGACCUGAAAUUGCCUCCCAAGAAUAAAUUUAUAGCAACUACAUAUGAUAUCAAGCCAGAAACUAAUAUAGAAAAGUUUCCUAUUAUUUUGGAGGACACAUCAUUUGUUAGACUUUGGUAUAAAAGAGAUAAUGAUUUUCUUGCGCCUAUAGCAAACAUGAUUUUCAAUUUUUUCAGCCCAUUUGCCUUUCUGGAUCCCCUUAGUUACAAUUUAAAUCACAUGUUUAUUAAGCUGUUUCGUGAUUCUCUUACCGAAUAUACAUAUGCUGCUGAUUUAGCUGGUUUACAAUGGAAACUUGAUACUUCUCCAUAUGGAAUAAAACUCCUUAUAAAUGGUUAUGACAAUAAACAGCAUGUACUGUUAGAAAAACUCAUGGAUCGAAUGAUAAAUUUUAAGGUUGAUCCAAAGAGAUUUGAAAUCCUAAAGGAAGAAUUUAUUAGAGACUUGAAAAACUUUGCUACUGAACAGCCUUUUCAACAAGCUGUUCAUUAUCUUGCAGCUCUAUUAGCAGAGCAAUCUUGGCUUGAGAAAGAAUUACUGGAAGCUACUGCCUAUUUAAGUGUUGAAGGACUACAGAAGUUUAUACCACAGCUGUUCAGUAAGGUGCACGUGGAAUGCUUAAUAUAUGGUAACGUGACUAUAACGGAAGCUACAGAUAUACGUAAAUUAAUUGAGUCUAAGUUAACAACUGGAGUGCCCAACAUAAUACCCUUGUUAGAAAAGCAAUUGUUAUUAUCCCGUGAAAUUAAACUAGAAGAUGGUUGCCACUUUCUGUUCAAAGCAGAAAAUAAUUCACAUAAAAAUUCUUGUACAAUGGUAUAUUAUCAAACUGGUUUACAAUCAACGGAGUCGAAUAUGCUCUUAGAACUCUUAGCACAAAUCAUUGAGGAACCAUGCUUCAAUACCUUAAGAACGAAAGAACAAUUAGGCUACAUAGUAUUUAGUGAAAGACGUAGAACAAGUGGAACACAAGGCUUGCUAAUCAUUGUACAAAGUGAUAAACAUCCACAAUAUGUCGAAAAACGAAUUAAUUUAUUUUUAGACUACAUGUUGAAUCACAUAUCUACCUUAACAGAAGAGCAAUUUGAAAAAUACAAGAAAACUAUAGCUACAUUACGUUUAGGAAAACCAAAAGGAUUUAGUGGAUGGUGUGACAUAUACUGGACUGAGAUUAAAAACCAACGAUAUAACUUCGAUCGAGUCAAUAUCGAAGAAGCUUACUUAAAGACGAUAUCACUGCAGCAGUUACUUAAUUUCUUUAAGGAAAAUGUACAUAGUAAAACUCGACGUAAAUUGUCAAUACAUGUGAUCUCUACAGCAACAUCAACGGAAAACAAUUCACCUGAUAACACAACUGAUAAAACUGCCGAUUUAUCAAUUGAUAAAGAAGUUAAGAAAAUCGAUGAUAUUAUAUCAUUUAAAAAUAGUCAAUCUUUAUAUCCUCGACUUGAACCGCUUCAAAAAUAUUUUCUCAGGAAAGGUGUACGCUCUUCUAAAUUAUAA